AUGUCGUCUGCAUACCCAGCAAACAACCCGCCAUCCUAUGGUACUGUUCCCGGAAAACCAUAUCGCGACGAAGAAGCAGAGCAGCAUGAGCCGUUGCUGUUCCAUGACCAAGGCGCUGGCCCAAGCAACGCGAAUGCCAUCUACAACCAAGCUGAGGAUCUUCCAGACGACUUUAAGUAUGGUGUAAAUGUAGCAUCCAGCGCCAUUGAAGUCCGUCAGGCGUUUGUUCGCAAGGUGUAUAGCAUCCUCUUCGCUCAAAUUGUAGCAACUACCAUCGUUGGAGGAGCGCUCUCUCAGAGCGUCUCGGCCAUUAGCUGGAUCCAGAACCAUGUCUGGGCAUUCUAUAUCCCUCUUUUUGGAUCUCUCAUCUUCCUUGGUUUGCUCUACUGGAAGCGCCACUCCUCUCCCAUGAACUUUGUCCUCUUGGGAGUCUUCACCUUGAUGGAGGCAGUCACGCUGGGUGUCGCAGUGGCGUUCUACGAUAACAUCAUUGUGAUGCAAGCGCUCCUCAUUACCGUUGGCGUCUUCCUCGGUUUGACGCUGUUUACAUUCCAAUCGAAAUACGAUUUCUCUGGAAUGGCACCUUUCCUCUUUGGUGGAUUGAUGGCACUCGUCGCCACUGGCCUCGUCGGCAUCUUCAUCCCUUUCUCCCGCACAGUGGACCUCGUCUAUGCCGCAGGAGGCUGCGUCAUUUUCUCCGGCUACAUUGUUUACGAUACAUAUGUCAUCAACAAGAAACUCAGUCCCGACGAAUACAUCAUGGGCGCCAUUAGCCUCUACCUCGACUUUAUCAACCUCUUCCUUUCUAUCCUCCGCGUUCUCAACAACGUGUCUGAGCGAUAA